ACGUAAAAACUACAACUCCCUGCUAGUUCAAACAGGAAGCAGAGUUGUGAUGUGGCCAACAUGCGAUGAAACAGAAAUGGAUGUGCAAGUAUUUUCUCUUAAAACCAUCGCUUUGCUGUUUUAAAAGCAUUAUUUGAAGAAUGAAAGGCUCCGCGUAUCAUCUUGUUAUUUGUCUUUUGUUGACGUGGCCAAAUUUGUUCACGACAGAACGAGUUGAGAGACAAAAAGCGUUGUUAGAUUUGCACGACAGAGACGAUGUUGGAUUGGAACAGGAUCAUACAAUUAUUCCUGAUGACAACAAAAAAUCCUCGAGAAACGAAGGAAAUAUAGCUGCUGCCAACCCUCAACAAGACGGCCACGCAGAGCAAUCAACCAGCCUGUUAAAUGACACAGAUAACUCCAGUAAUGACACCCUCCACGCUACCACUGUGGGUGUCAAGGCAACCCCUAAGCCAACCCCGAAGCCCAUCCUGCCAGGUGCUGGGGUCAAGGCCCAGGAGGAGGAACAGUCUAGUGGGAUGACCAUAUUCUUCAGCCUACUGGUCAUUGGUAUCUGCAUCAUAUUGGUGCACCUGCUUAUUAAGUUCAAACUACAUUUUCUACCGGAGAGUGUGGCUGUUGUGUCCUUAGGGAUCCUGAUGGGAGGCUUCAUAAAGAUCAUUGAGUUUCAUGAGCUAGCUAAUUGGAAGGAAGAGGAGAUGUUUCGUCCCAACAUGUUCUUCCUGCUGCUUCUGCCGCCCAUCAUCUUCGAAUCAGGAUACUCUCUACAUAAGGGUAACUUCUUCCAGAACAUUGGUUCCAUCACACUGUUUGCUGUCAUUGGGACAGCCAUCUCUGCCUUCAUCGUAGGUGGAGGGAUCUACUUCCUAGGACAGGCUGAUGUGAUCUACAAGAUGAGUAUGACUGACAGCUUUGCUUUUGGUUCUCUGAUCUCGGCUGUGGACCCCGUAGCAACCAUCGCCAUCUUCAAUGCCCUCAACGUGGACCCUGUCCUCAACAUGCUGGUGUUUGGAGAGAGCAUCCUCAACGAUGCUGUCUCUAUCGUACUCACCAAUACGGCCGAGGGCUUUGCCCGGGAUGAUAACUCCAUGGUAACGGGCUGGGAGACAUUCCUCCAGGCGUUGGGAUACUUCCUCAAGAUGUUCUUCGGUUCCGCUGCCCUCGGAACCCUCACCGGACUCAUAUCUGCCAUUUUCCUGAAACACUUUGACCUGAGGAAGACUCCGUCUUUAGAGUUUGGCAUGAUGAUCAUCUUUGCCUACCUGCCCUACGGCCUGGCAGAGGGCAUUAAACUCUCUGGUAUCAUGUCUAUCCUGUUUUCGGGGAUCGUGAUGUCACACUACACCCAUCACAACCUGUCCCCUGUCACUCAGAUCCUAAUGCAGCAGACCCUCCGCUCGGUGGCCUUCAUGUGUGAGACUUGUGUGUUUGCUUUCCUGGGUCUCUCCAUCUUCAGCUUCCCUCACAAGUUUGAGCUUUCCUUCGUCAUCUGGUGUAUCGUGUUGGUAUUAGUAGGUCGGGCCGUGAACAUUUUCCCUCUCUCCUACCUGCUCAACUUCUUCAGAGAUCACAAGAUCACGCCCAAGAUGAUGUUCAUCAUGUGGUUUAGUGGUCUGAGAGGUGCCAUCCCCUAUGCCCUGAGCCUUCAUCUUGGUCUAGAGCCAAUAGAGAAGCGCCAGUUGAUUGGCACCACCACCAUCAUCAUUGUCCUCUUCACCAUCCUCCUCCUCGGCAGUGGGACCAUGCCCCUCAUUCGCAUCAUGGACAACGAGGAGAGCCAAUCCCGACGCAAGAGCAAGAAGGACAUCAACCUCAGCAAGACUGAGAAAAUGGGUAAUGCCUUAGAGUUGGAGCACCUGUCUGAGUUGACAGAGGAGGAGUAUGAGGCUCAGAUCUUCCAGAGACGGGACCUGAAGGGCUUCAUGUGGCUGGACGCUAAAUACCUCAACCCAUUCUUCACACGACGACUCACACAGGAGGACCUCCUGCAUGGUCGGAUCCAGAUGAAAACUCUGACCAAUAAGUGGUACGAGGAGGUCCGACAGGGCCCAUCUGGUUCUGAGGACAUUGAAGACGAGAAUGAGCUACUCUGAACCCAACACACACGCUCCUGAGUGUUGGUGAAUGGGCAGGAAGAUGAACAGAGCGUGUGUCCUGGAUUCAGAGCGUAUGAAAGGACAGGAGACUGCAGAGAGGAACGCUUGUGGAGGAAAACCACUCGUUUCUGUUUCUUCCUUGCAUGUGUCACCUGUGUGUUCUUGACCACUAAUGACUAAUUCCAUUCUCUGUGGACGACACCACUCUGCAGACCCCCCUCCCUCUUCACACCACUACCACUCCUCUACACUGGAGCACACUAUUUGAUUUGAGCCAAUCCAAAAUGCAGUGUCUGUGAUGUCUGACAAACCGGGUGAAACUGGGAACUGGCGAUCACACAUGAAUUUGCCAUUAUACCAUGUAAUGAUACUGAAAUUGUUUUGACAAUGAGGCUUUUCCAUAUGCCAACAUGUUCCUCCUCAGCUCUACACAGUAACUACAGAUAAGGUACAUGGAACAUUGAGUCGUGGCUAAAGGAUAGUGGACAAAUUCUGGCCCUUGUGUGUCUAUGUAGUUACAUUUACUUUUUUCCAAGAAAACAGAUUCCAUGUAACUGCAUUUUAUUUGAGAGGUUUUGAGGACUAGGGAUAGAAAAGCAGGUUGAAAGGAACUCCUGUGAAGAGAGUAGCCUCUAGCAAAGCAAUAUUGGAGUUACUGUUUAGUUCACCUUUCAAUGUGCUUUCACAUAUGCUGAUAACUGAUGUUCUGGUAACACAAUUUGAAUGUUUGCUUUAUAAACUACUUAUAAGCAUUAUUGCAAGAUUUUAUUUUUUUUGUAUUAUAGCAGGUAAUAUUAUAACAAUAUGUAGUUCUGAUUAUUGAAUUAUAAUUGUGAUAGUAGUUGAAAACAGUUUAUAAGCAGGAUCUUUAAUAAGGUGAUAUCAGAGUAUUUUUUUCUUCUUCAUGUGAAUCACUUUAUGAUGGAGGCAAGGCACCAAUGAAUGUCUGGGUGGCGGGGGGGGUUGAGGUCUUGUUGAGUUUAAAUUUCAUUUUAUUUGUUGCUGGGAUGAAGGCUUUUCUGUAAACUCGUGUUACACUGGGCAUUGCUGAAUAACACGAUGGUGGUAAUGUGGUAUUUUUUAUUUGAAAGAAAUUGGCUUGGAGUUAUACAUAAUACAAACAUGGCUUGUCAUGUGAUUCAUUCUUGGCUUUAGUUAUUCCUAUCCAACCCUCUCAGAUCAACGUGAAGUGCCUAGCAAUAGGGGUGAGGGGUCGAUUUGGAGUCUGGUAGUAAUGUAUAAUGCAGGUUUGUUCAAAGAUGUUUAAUGUUCAAAGAUACAUCACUUUCUGAAAGUUAACAUGAUACAUUUGACUUUGAUUGUACACACACACGCUCGCUCUCUCUCUCUGAGCAAUCUUAAACUGCUAAAGUUUCCUAUCCUGUGACCCAAGUCACAUAAUCCGACCAAUGAUAUGAUUGCUUUUAAGAGGACAACCCCAGGCAUUACUCUGGGAUUGGCAUAAAUCCAGUUUCUUUGAUAAUAUUUAUGGAAGGCAGAAGUUGUUUUAUGUUCAGAUAUGUUUUUGUCAGUUUCCUGCAAAGGAAUAUAAAAAACCCUACCUACUC